AUGUCAGUCAUUGGUGCUCUUGAGCUCGUGCCCCAAUUAUUUUCAUACAACAAGGACCGUGUUUGGAUAAUCUGGUCAUUCGAUCUCCAACUGGGGACGCUUGUACCGGCCUCCGCUAUGGAGGCCCACCUAAUCCAAGAGAUUGAAAGCGGCGCUACCGUAUUUAAUGCCAAUAACUCUGGAGCUCUCAUUCCAGGGGCGCUAGCUGCAGGUCGCUGGUCGGACGUUCUAGGCGGUAGCAUUUCACAUCGAGCCCCUGGAUUCAAAGCAGGCCUUUGA